AGAAACCAAACAGACCCGAGGUCCUGAAUUUGGGUUUAUUUUGGUCACUCGUCUGUAUUCCACCCAUUUAAGCUUCCAUUUUCAGCUUCCCUGCCAAAGUCUCUGCUUCUUCCCUCUCUCUCCCACACUCUGAUACUGUCUUCCCUUUGUAAACAAGGUUUAUAAAAGAUGGCCGAGGAAGAUAUUCAACCUCUUGUCUGUGACAAUGGAACUGGAAUGGUCAAGGCUGGGUUUGCUGGUGAUGAUGCUCCAAGGGCAGUGUUCCCAAGUAUUGUUGGGCGACCUCGCCAUACUGGUGUCAUGGUUGGAAUGGGCCAAAAAGAUGCCUAUGUCGGUGAUGAAGCCCAGUCUAAAAGAGGUAUCCUCACCUUGAAGUAUCCUAUAGAGCAUGGCAUAGUCAGCAAUUGGGAUGACAUGGAGAAGAUUUGGCAUCACACUUUCUACAACGAGCUUCGUGUUUCUCCUGAAGAGCACCCAGUACUUCUUACCGAGGCACCACUCAACCCUAAGGCCAACAGGGAAAAAAUGACCCAGAUCAUGUUUGAGACUUUCAAUGUGCCUGCUAUGUAUGUUGCUAUCCAGGCUGUUCUGUCCCUUUAUGCCAGUGGUCGUACAACAGGUAUUGUCUUGGAUUCUGGUGAUGGUGUGAGCCACACGGUGCCCAUAUAUGAAGGAUAUGCACUCCCCCAUGCAAUUCUUCGGUUGGACCUUGCUGGUCGCGAUCUAACUGAUGCCUUGAUGAAAAUCCUCACUGAGAGAGGGUACUCCUUCACCACCACUGCUGAACGUGAAAUUGUACGUGACAUAAAGGAGAAACUUGCUUAUGUUGCCGUGGAUUUUGACCAAGAGUUGGAGACUGCAAAGAGCAGCUCUGCAAUUGAGAAGAGCUAUGAGUUACCCGAUGGACAGGUUAUUACAAUUGGAGCUGAGAGGUUCCGAUGCCCAGAAAUACUCUUCCAGCCACAUCUCAUUGGUAUGGAAUCUCCCGGAAUCCAUGAGACUACUUUCAACUCCAUUAUGAAGUGCGAUGUUGAUAUCAGGAAAGACUUAUAUGGAAAUAUCGUGCUUAGUGGUGGGUCAACUAUGUUUGCUGGCAUUGCUGAUCGGAUGAGCAAGGAAAUUUCAGCUCUUGCUCCCAGCAGCAUGAAAAUCAAGGUGGUUGCACCUCCUGAGAGAAAGUACAGUGUCUGGAUUGGAGGAUCAAUCCUGGCAUCUCUUAGUACCUUCCAACAGAUGUGGAUAUCCAAGGGUGAAUAUGAUGAAUCUGGUCCGGCAAUUGUCCACCGGAAAUGCUUCUGAGUUUGCGAGGAAGAGAUUGGUGGCGAAUCAAGAAUCAAGGGUCUUCUUCACUUUAGACUUGUAUCACAUGUCGGUUAAGCUUAGUUGAUUUUAGAAGCUCUAGUUUUAUUGGUAGAGUAGAGAUAUUAGUGUAUUGGAUGUUUGGGGUUGUAAGCUAUAAACACGUUAUAAACUUAGUUUAAGAACUAAGAAGCCAACAUAAUAUUGGCAGUGGUUGACUAGGCUUGGAACCGUAGCUGUUAGCUGCCUUGUUUGCUUUGGUCCAUCAUUUUUCUUCUUUUGGCAAUGAACUGAGGUGCCUUCCUUGAGUAAGAGACGGAUUAUUUUUUUCUUCUA